UCCCUGCGCGCGCGCACUCCGUCUCGCCCGCCGCGACGGGAGCGGAUGGCGACGGCGAGCGCCCUCUCCGCGCCCCUGCAGCUCCUCUCCUCGCGGCGGGCACUGGUCAAGGGCCUCUCGCCUCGGAGAGCAGCAGCGGGAGCACUGUCAGGUUCACUUAUUGUGAAAAGAGAUUUUUUACACAACGGGAGAAGUCACCACCAAUUUUUACCAUUGAAACAAAGAGGAAAGUUGCAAGCAGCAGUACUACCUGUUACUCCACCACUGCUUGAUGACGAGGGGAAAAGGAAGCAAAUGUCUGAAGAGUAUGGGUUCAAACAAAUUGGAGAACAGCUACCAGACAAUGUUACUCUUAAAGAUGUCAUGGAUACUUUGCCCAAAGAGGUAUUUGAAAUCAACGAUGUAAAAGCCUGGGGAUCGGUUUUAAUAUCAGUUACUUCAUAUGCUUUCGGUCUUUUCUUGAUUUCAAAAGCUCCAUGGUAUCUACUUCCCCUGGCUUGGGCAUGGGCUGGUACAGCAGUGACUGGGUUUUUUGUUAUAGGCCAUGAUUGUGCGCACAAAUCUUUUUCGAGGAAUAAGCUAGUGGAGGAUAUCGUUGGAACUCUAGCUUUCUUGCCAUUAAUUUACCCUUAUGAACCUUGGAGAUUUAAGCAUGACAGACAUCACGCCAAGACAAAUAUGUUAGUAGAAGAUACUGCAUGGCAACCUGUUUGGCAAAAGGAAAUCGAAUCGUCUUCUUUCCUAAGGAAGGCAAUUAUAUUUGGUUACGGUCCUAUCAGGCCGUGGAUGUCUAUUGCUCACUGGUUGAUGUGGCACUUCGAUUUAAAAAAAUUCAGAUCAAAUGAACUCCCUAGGGUGAAGAUUAGUUUGGCUUGUGUGUUUGCAUUCAUGGCAAUUGGAUGGCCCCUAAUCAUUCUCCAAACAGGGAUAGCUGGAUGGUUCAAGUUCUGGUUCAUGCCAUGGAUGGUUUAUCACUUUUGGAUGAGCACCUUUACGAUGGUACAUCACACUGCUCCUCAUAUACCAUUCAAAUCAUCAGAAGAGUGGAAUGCUGCACAGGCGCAAUUAAAUGGCACAGUUCAUUGUAGCUAUCCUCGAUGGAUAGAGAUCCUUUGCCAUGACAUAAAUGUACAUGUCCCACACCAUAUUUCUCCGAGAAUUCCAAGUUAUAACCUUCGUGCUGCCCACGACUCCAUUAAAAAGAACUGGGGCAAGUAUAUGAAUGAUGCCGACUGGAAUUGGCGGUUGAUGAAGACAAUAUUGACUGCAUGCCAUGUUUACGACAAAGAGAGAUAUUAUGUUUCUUUCGAUGAGGUCAUACCCGAGGAAUCUCAACCAAUCAGAUUCCUUAAGAAGUUCAUGCCUGAUCAUGCUUAAUGCAAUUGCUACUGUUGACUAGUUAAGAGUAUUAUCAACAUAGAGAACAAUGACAACUAUACACACCAGAGAAACGCUCACCACAGAUGGCUCGGAAAACCCAUCGCAUACGGCUUUUCUUGAUCUCUCUUCUCCAUAGUCUGUGAUUUCUCUUGACGGAUCUAGAACCGUCUGCGAUAGUUCUGUUUGCAUAUAUGGGUUUUGUUGUUAGUCAUCAGGGAUAAUCCUUAUUGCAUACAGCUUUUAUAGAAAACCGUCUAGGACCUUGUCAUCCUAGACAGUCUCUUUGUUGAAA